GCAAGAACAAAGCCUUUUCCUCUGCGGUGACGCAGACCAUCUCAUCGGUCGAUCAUCUCAAUCACAUGGGCACCAAUAAAGACCAGCAGCAACACGAACACGGCAUUCACACACACACACGCCCACCCCACACACAAAUCUAAUCACAUCGAUCACCAGCCGCCCUCACAAUAAAAUUGCAAAGCCGGAAGGAAACACGCAAAACUUCGGCCGGCCACAGAUGCGUGGCCGAAUGCUCCAUCUGUCUGUCUACUCACUAACUCGCCCACUCACAUACACCGUCCCCACAAUCCAUGCAGACUUGCGCACUGUCUGUCUCACUCAGCAUGGCGACAGGAUGACCCGCUCUCCAUCGUCGGGCAGCUUGUCCACUAGAGUGCGCCGCAACUUGCCACUAGAUAUCGAAUACUCCAACAGACGAUUCUAGUGGACAGCCACGCACACACACAUGACACACGGCCGUCCAGUGCGUUUGUGAUGCGAUGGGCGGUGUGCUCUAGAUAUCGCCUGGCUCCUAUUCUGUUGACUCACCGUGGCUUGUCCGAUGACGUAGAGAGAAUCGCCGUACGACACCAUGCCGGCCGGGUGGCGCAGACUCGGGUCGCUUAUCACCUACACACACGAUGCACGUGCCGGGCUUGCCUUUCUGCUUGUAUCUCUCCACCCACCCCACCAUGCGCCCACACUCAGUGACCUGUAUCAGUAGGUGUGUCUGGGCUGAAAACUCAUAGAGGGAGUGCCGCUUGACGCUGCCAAUCCACACCGAAUCCCUGGGACAUACAAACACACUCACAUGCCCUCCCUUGUGUGUAUGCCACCCAUGGCCUGCCCGCCUCACACACCUCAGCAGACCCAACACACCUGUCGAAGCAGUAGAAGACGCUGAUGGGUUUCUUGACGGGCAGCCGGCCGAGCAAGGCGCCUUGGUGGUUGUAGAGCAGCACCCCCAGGUCCUUGUUGGCCACGUACAGCACGCCAUACUUGUCAAACGCCACACCACGGAUGCGACCUGCACACAGAGAGAAAAAGUGCAUGUCUCUGUCUGCGCGGGAGUGGUGAGUGGGUGUGUUUUCCCUCCUGUGUGCCGUGCCUUUCUUGGCCUUGAACUUGACAAAGGUCCCCGGGUCGAGCUUGCUCUCAUAUUCCUGCACCCAUUCAGCCAGCCACGCCACAAACACGACAAUGGCAUCCAUCCACCACCCACAUCCCAUCGUAGACCCGCACUCACCUUGAGCACCGGCGCGACGGGCCCCGGCAGGCCGGUCUCCACGUCAUAGCGCACCACCUCAUGUGAGUUCUGGUUGCUCACGUAGAGAUACCCGUCCCACUGGGCGAAGCCGUAUGGGUGCCACAGACCCUCGUUGUGCGCCGACCGCCGGGUCAGCACACGGACGUACUCGCGCUGGCCCUUGCUCUCGGGCUGACAUGGACCGUACUCGACAAUCUUGCUGUCCUGACAGAGAGAGAGAAAAACGACACACACAGUGUGGAGUGCAGACGAGCUGGUGUGCGAUUGUCUGAGGCUUACGUACGUAUCGGUAUGCCUCGGCAACAAGCAGAUGUCCGUCGCUGAGCAUCAUCCCCCGUAGCUCCCGCAGCUUGUGCGGCCCCGUCAUGAGCACGGUGCCGAGGUUGCACCCGUCCCUCGCGUAGCGCACCACAUUGUGCUCGUCGCCCGUCGACCCGCCGUGGAAGGUCACAUACAGGUAAGGCGGGCUGUAGCACCCUCCUGGCGGCCGGACGUGCCGCAUGCCCUUCCACUGCUUCUUGCUGAUCAGCUCACUGUGGAGCUCACUGUGCCCACUGUCACUGCCGAACGAUGCUGCUGCCGUGAGAUUGCUCCUUGACCUUGACGCCCGCAUGAUGCCAUUGCCAUUGUCAUUGUCAGAGGAAGCCUCAGCAGAUAAAGGCGGGUUGAGCUGAUGCAGCUCCCAUGGUUUGCCAUCAGACGGCUGCCAGCGCACAGAGGCCGCCGAUGCAGCAACAGGAGGACCGUCAUUGUUCCCCAUGUGCUGCAUCCUGCUGAGGGGGGGACGGAGGAACGCGAUGACGGACGCUGCGAUGAGGGUGAUGGAGAUGAGGGCGGCCGCGAUGAGCCGGGAGGGGGAUACGGGCUGGUCUGCGGAGGGCAGCAGACGCGCUAAGGACGAAGAUCUCAUGAACGACGACAUUAUUGAGAGAGAUCUG